AUGAAGACGCCAGCCUUGCUCUGUCUCCAUUUCCAGGCCUUGGCCGAGGCGCUGAAGAUAAACUCGUCCGUCGAGAACAUCAAUUUGGCAGACAACAAGAUUGGUGCCGAGGGGGCCGAGGCCUUGGCCGAGGCGCUGAAGAUAAACGGGCCCGUCACGAACAUCAAUUUGACAGUCAACAAGAUUGGCGACGAGGGCGCCAAGGCCUUGGCCGAGGCGCUGAAGACAAACGCGUCCGUCACGGACAUUGAGUUGGCAGAGAACAAGAUUGGUGCCGAGGGCGCCAAGGCCUUGGCCGAGGCGCUGAAGACAAACUCGUCCGUCACGAGCAUCGGUUUGUAUUCCAACGACAUUGGUGCCGAGGGCGCCAAGGCCUUGGCCGAGGCGCUGAAGACAAACGCGUCCGUCACGGACAUUGAGUUGGCAGAGAACAAGAUUGGUGCCGAGGGCGCCAAGGAGGAGAGUGACAGGCAAGCGCGCAGAACUCCUUUCGAAACUCCAGUCCGUCUCCAGGCCUUGGCCGAGGCGCUGAAGAUAAACACGUCCGUCACAGAUAUCAGUUUGUAUAACAACCGGAUUGGCGACGAGGGGGCCAAGGCCUUGGCCGAGGCACUGAAGAUAAACGCCUCUGUCGCAAACAUCAAUUUGAGAGAGAACCAGAUUGGUGCCGAGGGCGCCAAGGCCUUGGCCGAGGCACUGAAGAUAAACACGUCCGUCACAGAUAUCAGUUUGUAUAACAACCAGAUUGGCGACGAGGGGGCCAAGGCCUUGGCCGAGGCAAUUAAAAUCAACAAGUCCAUCACCUACAUCGAUUUAGAAAAGAACCAGAUUGGUGCCGAGGGGGCCAAGGCCUGGUGUGCCUUGGCCGAGGCACUUAAAAUCAACAAGUGCGUUACGCAGAUCAAUUUGUAUAAAAACCAGAUUGGCGACGAGGGGGCCAAGGCCUUGGCCGAGGCACUGAAGAUAAACGCCUCUGUCGCAAACAUCGAUUUAGAAAAGAACCAGAUUGGUGCCGAGGGGGCCAAGGCCUUGGCCGAGGCAAUUAAAAUCAACAAGUCCAUCACCUACAUCGAUUUAGAAAAGAACCAGAUUGGUGCCGAGGGGGCCAAGGCCUGGUGUGUGGUGGGCUCCACUGAAUGCUGCGGCGAUUUGAUGGAAGAUGUCAUGUCCCCGACAUCCUGUGACAGUGACAAGUUUGAAGUUUGGAGGUGCUGUAGUUUCAUCGUUCAUCUCGGAUUGAGUUGA